CGAGUCAGCAAAUAACUUUUCUUAGUGAAUUACCGGAGGCGGUUGACGCGGUUUCCCCUACACGAUCAUCGAAACACAGUAAGCAGUAAGACUGCACCAGCUCUUAGUGUGCUUAGUGCCUUUCUCCUUUGAGGUGUAAGGCGGCCCUCCCGCCGUUCUCCCUCCGUUCGAGAGGGCCAUUCAGAGUCGGUUCGCGAAGCUCUCCGUGCUUGCUGCUUCAGUUUGGCGGGCUUAGCGUCAGUCAACAGUCGUGCGGUGCUGCCAACUUCGCGGACACGCUUGGCGGGAACCGACUCGCGGCAACAACCGACAAUCCACCCCAAAGUUUAUGUGCGCGUGAAACAUGUCUAUAAAAUCAGACUAUUUGAUGCUUUUGCGAUGGUUCAUCGUAAUAAAUAUUGCUGUGAGAGUCCGAGGUGCACUUUUGGGUGCGCAGUGCCGCACUAGCUCAGACUGCGCGGUACGGAACACACACUGCGAACACGGACUCUGCAUCUGCGACCCGUACUUCGCUAAAGUUGACAACUCCACGUGUCUUGAGUCAACGCUAUUGGGCUCGGAGUGCGUCGUAUCGGAGCAGUGCACUCUGAAGGUGGCCUACAGUGCAUGUUUGGAAGGCGUGUGCCGCUGCACCGACGGUCAUCUACAGUUCAGGAAGCACACGUGUCUUUCUCCUGCACCACCCGGACAUGUCUGCUACAGCAAUGAACACUGUCGGCUAUGGGACAGAGAAAGUCAUUGUGAAUUUGUCAUACCCAAUCUCUUUGGUAGAUGCUCCUGCAACGGAUUUUACCGAUUAACCGGCGAUAAAUGUGUGGCACAAAAACCGACCUUGGUCACAGAAGCGGUUGUUGCUGAACAAGAAACCGUGUUAGUGGACGCCAAUGGCACCAUAUUAGAAAAUACUGUGAGCCAUAAAUCACCCACGGCAUCCGCAUUUGUAAAUUCUGGGUCCGUCGAUUCUUUACGACCAGCAAACACAUUUACAGAUUUGUCAGAAGAUGUCAAGCCCAGUAAUUUACCAAUGUUCACGAACAAAAACGAAAUACUAAGCACACAAGAAGAUAGUCCGCUAAUGCAAGCUGUUAUGAAAGUUCCCGAACCAACUAAAAAACUGCCGGUAUCAAACCGCAAAGAUGGAGAACCUAAUGAAACCGUUGGUAUCGAUGAGUUGACUGCCAAUUUACAUGCAAACGAUCAGCCGAUCUAUAGAGUUGUGACGCAACCGUCCUUAGAUAAGAAAAAUAACAAAAAAACCGGAACAACUAAAGACCAGCAGAAGUACAAAACGGGACAUCAAAAGAAAUCAUCUUUGAAAGAUAAACACCGUAUCCGAGCAGAUUCCGUAGCUGAUAUCGGGCCGGCCUCUCUCGGAAUGCCUUGUUUAACCGACUCACAGUGCCAUCUCGUUGAUCCUUAUACGCGAUGUCUCAACAAACGCUGCGACUGUGCGUAUCGGACUAAUUCCACUUCGGCGUGCUCAGCGAGAAACAGAGGGUGCUUGCCGGGGACAUUCCAAUGCCGGUCGACUGGGGCGUGCAUCAGUUGGUACUUUGUCUGUGAUGGCCGAAAAGAUUGUCCCGACGGAUCCGAUGAAACUUGUCAAGGUACCGGUAAAGAUGGUACUGGCGAGCGAUGUCCCAUGCACGCGUUCCGUUGCGGCGGCGUGGGGUCUCAAUGCGUGUCGCGGGCGGCGCGGUGCGACGGCACACCUCAGUGCCCCGGAGGAGAGGACGAGAGGAAUUGUCGGGCUACAAGGAGAAAAGGAUGUCCUCGCCAUACGUUCCGCUGUGGCUCCGGGGAGUGCUUGCCCGAGUACGAAUUCUGCAACGCCAUAGUGUCUUGCAAGGAUGGCUCGGACGAGCCUAAACACCUCUGCAAUGAGCAGUCACGAUGGCGGGCCGCGGAUUUCUGCCCGCUACGUUGCGGGAACGGGCGCUGUAGGAGCACGGCUGUGGCCUGCUCGGGCCGGGACGGAUGUGGUGACAACAGUGACGAGAUUGCUUGCACCGUUUGUAGAUGUCCAGCGCCACAAGAUAAACAUUGAAUUAGAGUGUAGCUCAACGAAUCAUUCUAGUGAACAUUCUUGACUGUCGGAUCUCAACUUAUAGUGCAUUUAUUAUUUGUCGAGUGAGAUCGUUCUGUCUCUUAGUAUACAACGCGACAUCCGAGGCUGCUCAAACAAGAACACUGCCUUAUAAUAAUAAUUUGUGACAAACGGACAAACGGGACAAGAACCUUAUAAAACAUGGAGAGAGUAAAGUUGAGAGAGGUACCUACUUGUUUCAUUCCCUAUCUAUGUACCUAACUAUAGAACAGUGGUCCUUAGUCUACGGACCACUGAUGCGGUCUCUGUAAGGACCUGAAUUAUUUGUUGACUUUAUUUAUUAGUAUCACAGGUAGUUAUUUUUAAACCAAAAUUUUGUCGAGUCCCUAUUACUGAAAGGUUACUGCAGUAGGAGAUAGUGCGCCAAACGGCAAGUAUUUGCCUCUUCUCUGGCUGUACUCGUAUUCGAAGCACUUGUCAUGUGUACCUGUCCUGAGGGGCUACCGCGAAAACCGAAAUUCGCAAAUUGCGGGGAUCUUACUCUUUUACUCCAAUGAAGGCGUAAUUAGAGUGACAGAGAAAAAUGCCCGCAAUUGACGAUUUUCGGUAUUGGCGGUAGCCCUACAGUGCCCUUUCAACUUAUUUUUUUUCUGGACUUGGAAUUCCACAUACUUACAAAAUAUAAGAUGUAGAGGUAAAACAAACUUUUCUAUAUCAUUGUCUUUCUAAAAAUUAUAAAAGUUUGAUACACUUGAAGGAAAUUUUCUUUACACUGUACCAGGGUGGUAUUCCACCUUUUCUUUGUCCAAUGUGUAUUGCAUCUCACAUUUUGCUUUAAUGAGAGACUGAGAGGCAAUGACAUUGGACAGGUGGAAUACCACCCUUAGACGCGUCUGUGCACGUAGAUUCCAUAAAAUAUGUAUACAAUUAAGAAAUAACGAAUUUGAAUAAUUUAUUGUAUAAUUACACUAGCGAGCAAUAAUUUUAAGUAUAGGCAGUGGCACGAUAAUAAUAGAAAUAAAUAAUAACAGUACGUUUAACUAGGUCAUACUCAAUAAGACUGAGGAGUAAUACUCUGGCUCUAAUUAACGUGUUUAGAAUAAAUAUUACCACUGCACUGUAAAUAUUAGUAAUUCGUAGGUCUGCGCUCACUCACAGUUUAUAAAAUUAUAUACACACUAUUAAAUAGUAGAAAAUAGUGUGCAUAAGAAGAGAUUUCAUAAUAUAUUUUAUUCACUCAUCAAUUUUCGCUAUUUAUUGUAACUGUCAUUUGUCGAAAUAUUCGAAAUAAAUUUCUUCUUUGACUUCAAUUAGCAUAGGUACUUUUCUAAAAAUUAUACUUAAGUGUUCAAAAAUGUUAGAACUGAUUUAUAUGGUCCUAAAAAUAUGCGACGAAACAAUCGAAACAUUAUCAAAAAAAUUGGUAGGUAUACCCAAUGUUGCCAUAACUUUGAUGUACUUAUCAAACUUAUAUAUCAUCAUUUCAUCAAUAUAUACCAAAAUUAUCAUAAAUCGUCAACCCCCAUCCAGCUCACUAUAGUUAUUCUACAUAAGUAUUUGGUAUUGGACACAGACCUUGCCUUUAUGCACCUUACUAGUAUUCAAAUCAAAAAUAAAAUAACUAUAUAAUUAUACCUACUUAGUUGUAUAAGUAAAAAUACGUGCUAAUUCUUAUAAAAUAUGUACUAUGCUAACUAUUCCCUUGGUUGCUAAUAAUUUGAACGUUCCAUAAAAAUUACAAGAUGAAAAUAUCUAUAAAAGAUUCCUAAAGCGAAGUAACAUUGUCAAAAAUGUCGUAAUGUUAUGGAGAAAAGCUAUCAAGGGUUAUUGUCAGUGUGAGUCAUAAGAAGUCGAUUUAUUUUUUAAUUGUUACUUUGUUUUUAUAAAUAUAUGUAUGUAGUUGGUACACUUAGCAAAGUAAAACUAUGGGCUCUUUGGAACUAUGUCACAGUGCACAUUAUAGGUACUUAGAUAUGUAAGUUAUUAAAGAAAUUGUGAGAUUCGUGAGUAAUCUCCUGUUGACAAGAUUCUAUGCCCACAAUUGCAUUCUGUUAAGUGACCAUAUAUUUAAGAUACUGUAAGUUAAUUAUAAUUAAUUAUGGCUCAGUAAUAUUUAUGUUCAGAAUAAAGAUUACCCGUAGUAUUAUAAAACUGGUUGUAAUAUAGCGUGUUUAUGUGUGUGAAUGUGAUAUUUAUUAAAUUACGAUAAAUAAUU